AUGUUGGCUGCUCGUAAGCAAUUAUUCACAUUCUCUAAGCGUACCUUUGCUACCGUUGCCUCGGAAACACCUAAAGCAGGUCAAAAGUUUAAAGUAGUCGUUGUCGGUGGUGGUCCUGGUGGCCUUUCAGUCUCUUCAACUAUCUCAAAAUUACUCGGAAAGAAUCAAGUAGCCGUGAUUGAACCUUCAAAUAAACACUAUUAUCAACCAUUAUGGACUUAUGUUGGUGGUGGACUUAAAAACUUUGACGAAUCUGUCAAGCCAAUGGGUGAAGUGAUGCCAAGGGACGCAGAGUGGAUUCAAGACAAGGUCGUCUCCUUUGACCCUGAUAAUAAUACGGUAAAGCUUUCAGAUGGCCAAACUGUAGGCUAUGACUAUCUGGUUGUUGCUGCUGGUAUUCAAAUCAACUGGGAUUCUGUAAAAGGCUUGAAAGAAGCUCUUGGUAAGGACGGUGUGACAUCCAAUUAUGAUGCUGAGAGUGUUCAAAAGACAUACAAGUUCCUCCAAGAAUUCAAGGGAGGUAAUGCACUCUUUACUUUCCCCAACACACCACUCAAGUGUCCUGGCGCUCCUACCAAGAUCACCUUUUUGGCCGAAGAAGUCUUCCGUUUAAACGGUGUACGUGAUAAGUCCAACGUCAUCUACAAUCACAGCGGUGCCAAAAUUUUUGGUGUUGAUUACUAUGGCGCAGUCCUUCAAAGAUUGGCGGAUGAGCGCGGUAUCAAGUUAAACUUCCAGCAUGAAUUGGUUGAAAUUAAGGCAAGUGAUCAUCAGGCUAUCUUUAAGGAUAACUCCAAAAAUGGCGAACUCAAGACAUUCGAAUACGACUUCAUUCACGUUGCUCCUCCUCAAGGUCCACCCAAGUUCAUCAAGGAAUCUAAAUUGGCUGAUGCAGCUGGCUGGGUAGACGUGAACAAGGAUACACUUCGUCACAAUAAGUAUAAGAACGUAUUUGCCUUGGGUGAUUGCUCUUCUGCUCCUACAUCCAAGACAGCAGCUGCCAUUACUGGAGAAUCUGGAGUUGUCAAGCAUAAUUUGAUUGCUGACCUCCAAGGUAAAAAGGUAGAGCAGGCAGCAUAUGAUGGUUAUACUAGCUGCCCUCUGAUCGUGGGUCGUGAACAAUUAAUCUUGGCUGAAUUCUCUGGUUAUACUGGCAAGCCUUUGGAAACUUUCCCAGUUGACCAACGCAAGAUCAGUAAGGUCUCUCAAUUCUUGAACAAAGAGAUUAUUCCUUCCAUCUACUGGAAUGGAUUAUUAACAGGUACUUGGGUUGGUCCCGCUGCUUUCCGUAAACUCUUUGACCCCAUUCGUCCUAAGCGCGACUAA